AUGAAUAAAACUAGCAAUUACACUUCUUCUUCAACCUUUAAGUUAUUUAACAACAAAAAUAAUAAAUCAAAACUUGAUACUACAACCAAUAAUGGCAAUAAUGCUAGUAUGAUAAAGAAGGAAAUCAAAUAGCAAGGAAAUUAAUAUUCUUAAUUAUAAUCAGCUAGACCAAGAACUCAAUCAGUAUAGAAAAAGGAAAGUGUAAGUAAAGAAAAAUAGUAGCCUUUAAAACAGUAUGAAUAAUAGAUGUAAUAAUUAGUUUAGAUCCUCAAAAGAGAUUAGUGACAAAUCCUAAUUCAAGUGCUGAAAGAGCCAUAAAUAAAUAGAGAACACUUUCAACUUCAAGUAGAACAUCUACUUUGAGUCCACAAUCAAGAGUUAAGCCAUUAGCAACUAAAAAUAACACUUAAUAGUAAUAAUAAUAAUAAUAAUUGAAUAAUUCAAAUUAAUAACCCACUCCGAGAUCUGUAAAAAAGUAAAUGUUCACUUCUUCAAAUGUUAAAGAAAGCAAACUUAAUGGUAAUAUAAUAAGCAAGAUGAAACCUAAUUAUGAGAAAGGCAAAAGUUUACCAUUUAAGAAAGAGAGUCCUGCUAUAAAAUUACAUAAAUAGGAUUCAAAUACAAUAUCAUUAUAAUCUAUUUAAACUAGAUCUUCUAAAUAGAGUUUAAGUGUUCAUAAAUCAAUAACUAUAAAUAAGAUGGAUUUAUUUUAAAGAUCAAAAACUCCAUAAAAUAAGAAUCUACCAAAUGAUCCUUUUUAUGUAAUCAUAAUCUUAUUAUUUAGUGUAUCGUUAGACCAAUGUUUAAGGAUGCAAAAUAUUAUUAAACGUCAUUGAUUCAUUAUCAUUAUGAACAAGUAAGAAAUAAAUACUCACCUUAUAAUAUCCACUUUGAAUUAGAAUAUUCAACAAAAGAAUUAAAAGAAUAUUUUAAUGAUUUAUUUUGUGAACAUUUUUAACAAUCAUUUACUUGUUUAUAAUAUUGUAAAAGAUUAACUCAAACUUUAAAAUAAAAUAAUAAGAUACAAUAAUUACCUCCAAUUGUAAAUCACACAAAAACAUUAGUAUUCGAUUUGGAUGAAACACUUUUGCAUUGUAAUGAAAAUGUAAAUGAUCCUACUGAUUAUACAAUUAUGGUGAAUAUGCCUAAUGAAGGAAUGGUUAAGGUAAUAAUGUUAAUAAAAUUUAGACAAAAAUUAAUGUAAGACCAUAUUGUUAAUAGAUGUUGAAAUUAUUAUCGAAUCAUUUUGAACUCAUUUUAUUUACAGCAGCUUAUUAAUAUUAUGCUGACAAAGCUCUUGAAUUAAUUGAUCCAGAUAGAAAAUUAUUUUAAUAUAGAUUUUAUAGGGAGAGUUGUUUAGAAAUAGAAGAAGGACUUUUUAUAAAAGACUUAAGAGUUAUUGGAAAUCGUUAGAUUGAAGUAAAUUAACUUAAUAUUUCUUUUAGAAUUUAUUAUUAAUUGAUAAUGCUCCUUAUUCUUACUGUUAUUAAAUAGAUAAUGGAAUUCCAAUAAUUCCUUUUUAUGAUAAUAAAUAUGAUAAAGAAUUAGUAUUUUUAACUGAUUAUUUACUUAAUUUAGAAAAAGGUAAAUAAUGGACAUAUGCAAAUAAAGUGCAUUUUAGAACAUACUUAUAUUAAUAAAGUCAUACUGCAGAGGAAUGUCUAAAAGAAAUGUUUAAAGCUUAUGAUAUAUUAACAUAUUGA